UAUAUAUUAAUUUUAAAAGCAUUUCAAUUUGAGUAGGCUAAUUUGGGUGGCAGGUACCCGACUUAAUAUUAUUAUACAUCACGAUUUAACUUUUUAAAACAUGAUAACAGCCUACUAAAACUUAGUUAGCAAAUACUUUGAAAUACUAUUCUGACUCUAUUACUAUUGGUACUAUUCUACUUAACUCACUGAACUGAGACUGAAGUCACUGACUUACAGUACUUACACUUUACUUUACUUUAUUAGGACUAAGUUAGUUGUGAGUUGACUUAGUGACAAAUCAGUCUCAUUACAAGACGACGCCAGACGGUCUUGACUCUUGCAGAUCGGAUACCGGUACUAAUUUUAAUUAAUUUAAAUUAGUUUAAAAUAAACCAAAUAAAUUGUAAUUUCAGUCAGUGAGUCACUGGAUUUGCUGUAUUGAGUAUCUCAGUCGCGACAGUAGUCAAUGUAGAGUUGACUCCGAUCUAUAUUAUUAAUUAUUUGGUAAUUUUAGUCUGGGUGGGUGGUGUAGGCGUAAGAGCGUGUUACACAGUGCACAGAUUGACUUAUCAACCCUAAUAACUAAACAUUUGAUUAUGGCUAUUUAUUUUGUAAGUUAGACUAGUUAACUAGUUAGAGAACAUAAUUAUUAUUUGAGACACAUUUUUUGGUUUGCUUAUAAACCUUAUACUCAUGAUGUGAAAGUUUAUGUCAUGUGUAAUAAAUGUAUUUAAAAUUAAUGUAUUUUUUGAAGCUCAUCAUAUCAAACUACUUCUAUUAGAAGUUCUAACUUCUUCUGUCUGCUUUUACUGGGGAGGCGUCAUGGGGAAUAUAGUUAAUGAAUUGCAGCAAGUUAGAGGCCUGCUGGAGGUUCAUUUUGAUCACAGACAGCCCGGGUUGCCAAAUCAAUUAAUGUGUUGCUGGUUCCCGUAUCUAACAUAUUGAUAUUGGGAUGUCACAAACUAUUUGACAUAUUUCCUGGUUCCUAUUGUGGUCCCUUCUGGUUUUACAAGCUGCUCACUUUAAAAUCUCAUCUCACAGGUUAAAUUUUUUCUUUCAAGACUUUUAUACAGAUCCCAAGUCCCAAGUAAGGCACUGAAGAAAGGUUUGGAAUAAAGACAGUGUUAACAGGCAACUGGCUUUUUGUCUCCAUCUUUAUUCUUGGGUGUCUUAUAGUAGCUGGGCUAUUAGAUAGGUGGUCAAGCUGUGUAAACUGAGUCGAUUCCAAGCUUGUGAACUUGAGUUCAAUCCCCAGCAAAGGCCUAGACAAGUAAAAGCCUUGAUAAGCAAAACAACAUUAGGUUGGAUGGUACUCAUUAACCCAGGAUAGCAAAUCAUCUAAGAGUUGGCAAACGCUGAAACGCUGGAGUCCCAUUGGCGAUAUGACAUUGACACAAUGAAAAGUGUAUCAACUCCUAUCACAUGGAGCCAAAAAUAGCACAGUGAAACACAAAAAAAAAAAACCCAACACUGCUGGUAAUCUACUGCAUCCUGGUCUAUUUCCAGUUGUCUUGACCUUGUCUUCCCAUUGGAUCAAAUAAUCAAGGACAAGAGAGUGAAGCUGACAAAUUGAGCAACUCUCCCUCACUUUAAACAAAAUACACAAAAGUCAAGGCUACUACUCAAGUCUCAGUCAUCUCUGCAUGCAACUAUUGAAUAGCCUUUUAGUUCCAUAUUCAUUGUCCAUACUGAAACCCAGUUUUUGUAAUAUAAUAUAAUAAUAUUUAUAAGUCUGUUUUUGGUCUCGAUGAUAAAACCACAAGAUUGUACUAAAAUGUGGGGAACCUGAUAUUCUUACAUAGAACAAGUGAAAAAAAAGCAUUCAAAAUUCUCAGGAUCAGAAACAUUAUAAUAGCUCACACUGUCAGUGGUUAAGAGCUCGCGCUCGAUGGCCCACCUACGCCAUUUCCCAAUCUGACGUAUUUAGUCAGUGGUUACAGGUAACUUUUGUAAAACAAAAGUUUGUGCAAAGCUGGCCAAAGCUUCUAACCAUUCACCAAGAGGAAACUUCAAAAUAAAUCUCUCAGUGAAUUAAUUUUUGGCAGAGAAAGGCAGCUCGAUGCUAGAAUAACCUUCAUUCUCACGAGAUCCAGCUUGAUCUAACUUUUUCUUAAACUCAUAUGUACUCAAGUAAUUUAAGUCAAUUACUCAGGUAAAGAUAAAUAUGAUGGAGCAUUUGAGAUAAUUGAUGUACAAAAAACAAUAAGCAGUCCUGAAAAAGCAAUAUGCUGCACUGAUUUGACAAAAAAAGUCCAUAAUACAGUUAUUUAGACUUAGUUGAAAUUUACAUGUCCUCAUUAAAUAUCUUACAGCAUUUGUCACAUCACUCAUUUGAAUUUGUUAAUUUAACAGAAAUAUUUAGAAAAUGUAAUAUUUGUAACAAAUUAUACUGAUUGAUAAUGUUUAUCAAGUGAUUAAUUUGAAUUUAUAUUAAUGCAAAUGCUUUUCUAACAGAUGGUUUCAUUUAUUGAAAGUUGAGAUAAACUAUCACAGAGAUGGAGACAGUGCACAGAGAGAAUCCAUCAGCCAAUAGUCAAACUAAAAGAAGUUCACAGAAAGAUAAAAUGCAACAAGGUAAUUUGGAAUUUCAAAUAUCAUGUGCCUGUGACUUGACUGUGAUUAUAAUUAUAUAUAUUUUCACAGUAAAUUAUAUGUAUUCCCCCUACCAGUAUCAAUAAUUAAUGUUAUUGAUGUUAAACCUUCAGGAUGAAAAUUACAGAAAGAAAGACAUGAUUCUUAUUUUGGUUCCCACCAAUUACUUAAAGGGUGUAAACAAUUUUACUUUUUUAUCUCAGUGUUUUCAAAUAGACUUAAUGCCAGUGCUUCAGAGUUGGACAAAAUUAUUGUGAAACAAUUCAACAUGCUUUCAGAAUGACAACUUCUAACUGAUGAAAAAAUAUAUUUUUUUUUUUAAAUUGAAAAACUUUCACAAGCAAAAACUCUUUACCAGCAAAUAAACAGUCCACUUUAGUUAUCUAUUUACACUAUAAAUUAUAAUAAUGGCCCUAGGAUAUUUACCAAAAACUUAGCCGUCAUUUUUCUCGUGUAAAAAAAAUAAAAUAACAUUCCUGAAAAGCAUAAGAACAACUGGUAUGAACAAUGAGGAAUGUUGUAUCACAGUGUAGGAGUUUUAGAGAUAAUCCAUAAAACUAAGUCUUAAAAAUUGGCUUAAUCAAAUCUGUCAUGAAAGUUGUAUUUACCCUCAAGGUAGGAAAAUGUCAGUGAAUCGGCCAGUCAAAGAGCACACAUUUUUAACUGAUGUUGCUGAUGUUAGAACAAUGGAACAUGGACUCCUUCAGUUGUUGAAUGAUUUUCACUCAGGCAAACUCCAAGCUUUUGGUAACUACUGAUUUUAAUCAGAUUUUGUUAUUCUCUAUAAUAAAAAAAUUAUUUGAAGAAAUAUGCUCUAGUUAUCUACAGCUUUAAAUAGCCUUACCUUUCUCUUACAUACUUGUCAACCUUCCAUUGUCAAAAUUCUUUACCAAUGCUGAAGUUUGUUGAUUGAUUGUCUAUAUUUCCUUGUGCUAUCAAUUUUAUGUGACCAUGCUGACUUUACUGUAUCUUGGAUUCUUUUUUUUUAAUUGUUGUCAUGGAAUCUAUCCCCUCAUGUAAUAUAAAUUCUUUAAAAACCAGGUGAAUACUCCCACACAAUCUUGUACAGUGUGUACAUAUAAGAAAAUCCUAAAAGAGAAUGGGUAAAUUAUUUCACUUGGCAAAUUUGAGGAGGGCAUUACAGCAUAUGAUCAGCAAAAUACAGUUAUUACAAUAUUGAGAUAUUAAAUAACUUAAUACUUGUGUUAAAUGCAGUUUAAAAAUAGCAAUUUAUUUUUUAAAUUUGUAAAUAAUAGACCAGGUUUUACAAGGGUCGUUGACAAAUUUAUUUAAAUUAAGAAACUAGAUAUUAUUCAACUUUUAAAAGUGGCAAAUUGUCAUUGACACUCAUUUCUCUCGGUUUGAUGAAAAGUGUUGGCACCCUAAAAUUAAAUAUAUUAUUAUAUGUUAUGUCUGCUGUUAGGAAACACUGCUACAUUCAAUAAGAUGGAUGCAAUUAGAGUGCAACAAGAACAGCUUGCCAAGACACAUUUUGAAAUGGAUCUUAUUCCAAGAACUACUGCAAACAGGUAUGAUUGGAAAGAUAUUUACCUAUAAGAACUGAUACCCGGUAUACAAUUAGAUCAUUAGUUGAUAAGAUUACAGUUGAUAUAAUUUAGUGCAGAUUGUUCUGUUUAAAGUUAAAGAACAUUUAAUCCAUGUGGUCUAUGCUAAGUGUACAGGGUCCUUUUUUGAGUAAUUGGUGAAUAAUAACUAAAAUUUUCAAAAAAUUUGGUAAAUACUAGCUAAAGAAUACUAGGACAGUUGUUUAAUUUCUUUGUUUUUGUUUUUAAGUGUAUUCAUGACAACAUUUUUAGUAUAUUAUACCCAAAUAUAUAAUUUGGUAUCAUAUUUUUUCUUGAAUUUCUAUAAUUUGAAUUCUAACAACACUGCAUGUUAAUUUAUAAUAUAUACAUAUUUUUUUCAUUUCCUGGCCCUUUGCAUCACACUUUAUAGGCUUUAUUUUGAAUACUAAGAAAUUAAUUUCCAAUAAUGCCUGAAGUAUAUUUCACAUUUUAUGCAAACUAGGAAAUUAAGAAGUUGCUUUAAAUGUGAGAAAAGCAACAUUUUCUGAAUAGUUGUUAAUCCAAUGACUGUCUUUGCAUCAAAUAAUUGGCUGUUGUUGCUAAUCUAGAAAAGUUUCUCUAUCAAAUAUUUUGCACUCAUUAUUGGCUGUGUGAAGGAAUGCAUAGAACUUAAAUAAUCAUAACAUAUUACAUUUUCUGUCAUUGAAACAUUUGAUAUUCAUUUUUGAAUAGGCUCAGCACUGAAGAAUCUCGAAAAGAAAAUAAUGAAAAAAUGGAUAAACUAAUAGAACAGGUAAAUUAGAUAUUAAAUUAAAAUUUCCCAAACGCAAAUAUGAUCAGAUGACAGAGCACAAACUCCAAACUAUGAUUUUGCAGGCAUUUCUAUAGAAGGAACAUUAGUGUCACAACAAAUGGGCUGAUAUGACCUAAUCCUGGCCUUAACAUGUUCAUAGGCUGCUAGUGGAAUAGAUCAAAAACAAUAAUGGGAAGUUCACUUGUCUUUUGCCAGCAGUGAUAACACAUUCAUAACUUUUCAACAUAAUUCACUACAAAUUUGAUUAACCUUUAAAAAUUAUAACAUUGUUUAAUUAUCUUAGUACAUAUGAUCUAUUCUUUAAAUUAUGAUUAUUAUUUGUAUUGCAUCCUUUAGUUAUGAAUAACAUGGUAAGUUUGGUUUGGUACUUUCUCCCCAGCUUCACAGUUUGAGUGUAUCAGUGUAUCCUUUAUAUAGGUGA